AUGGAAGCUAAAGAUCAAAAAUCAGGUCUCGCUUUUAUUGAUCUGAAAUCUAAUGAUCCAGUCAAUCUAUAUGAAGACUGGCACCAAGAGGCGAUUAAGUACAUGAAAGGUUCAACAAGCAUCACUUGUCUUGCAACUGUCUCCGGCGAAACUCCACGAGCGCGACAUGUGUUGCUGAGGGGAUACGGCAAAGAUGGCUUUGAAUUUUUCACCGACAGCAGAGGAAGAAAAUCUCAGGAACUUAGCGAAAAUAGCCAGGCCGCGAUGUGCAUUUACUGGAUGUACGAGAACGAUAAAAGUGAGCGCGUUUCGAGGCAGGUACGGCUGGAAGGUCGAGUAGAAUUACUACCGCGGGAGAGAGUUAGAGAAGUUUAUGAGUUAGAGCCGCUUCACUGUAAAAUUCGCGCUCACUUGUGUCAUCAGGAUGUUAAGGUGGAUUGGACCCAGAUGAAGGGACAUCACGAUGAAUUAUUGCGUCAAGCUGAAUCAGAUCCCGAGAGUUUAGUCAUGCCUGAACAUUUUGUCGGCUACAAGCUAAUUCCCACAUGGUUUGAUUUUUAUUUCUCGAAAGAUAAUUUCAUUGCUGAUCGGAUGGAAUUCACCAAUGAAGAUGGAGUUUGGAAGAACAUGAGAAUCGCCGCAUGA